AUGCAUUUCCGUUCGCUCGCCUCCGUGGCCCUCGUGGCCUUCACUGCCCAGGCCUUCGCCCAAGACAAGGUCUUCAAGCGCAGCGUCAUCACCCCCCUCUCAAGAGAUUUCGGCAUCAUGCGCCGUGCCGACAGCGCCUACCAGCCCGCCGAUGAGGUCUGCUCCAAGGGUGGAAACACUUGCGCCGAGGCUUGCGGUACCGGAUAUGAGCAGUGCAAGUCCACCGACUCUGCCGUCCACUGCUACAACCCCGCCGCUGGCGAGACCUGCUGCUCUACCAAUAGCGGAAACUCUUGCCUGUCCUCCUUCUACUGCACGCACGACACCGGCGCCGAAACCUUCUGCUGCGCCAACGGCAUGAACCUCGGUGACUGCGCUGCCAAGCACGGCGUCACUGGCGCCCUCACCUCUGAUGUCCCCGUCCCCACCACCACCUCGACCUCCCAGGCCCCCACGACCAGCUCUGUGGCCCCGACCCCGACCACGACCUCCAAGCCUGCACCCACCACCUCUUCCUCCGUUGUCGUCGCGACCGCCCCGUCGACGACCUCUUCUCCCUCAUCAUCCGCCGCCCCCAGCACCACCGAGGUCGUCGCUCUCACAACGAGCGUCGCCCCCAGCGUUGGCUUCACCUCUGCCUUCACCGCCGCCAACUCCACCCUGGCCUCCACAACUCGCGGUGUGAGCACAAGGGUCAGCGCGACCCCAUCCGCCUCCACCGGUGCGGCGCCUGACCAGAACGCCGGCGCUAGCAACGCCCCCGCUGGCAUGGCCGUCCUCCUGGGUGCCGCCUUCGUUGCUGCCCUGCUGUAA